GAUGGCUGCUGCCGCUACUUGUUUCUGUUUUCCCGCCAUGACUGGAAUGGAAAUCGACAGAGAGAAAAAUAUCCAGAGAAAGCAUUCUACUUACCAAUCUCUGGAUGAGACCUUUGAUAUUCAAAACGAGACCUAUAGAGGCCAGCAAUAUAGUCAAAUAUACUUUGCUCGUCUUCACUUGAUGAGAACUCUGCUUUACUCUCUCGUUACCCAUUGGAAACCCCAUGUCCCUGUUUGUACGGUUUUGGGGUUGGAAGAAGGCAAGGAAUGCAUCAUUGUUGGGACCCUGUACAAGCACAUGAAACUUAAACCUUGUGUCCUUGAUGAAUAUUCUAAGGAGAGAUCUGCAGUGCCUCUUGUCAAGCCUCAUAACUUCAUGCAUCCGGAUGAUCAUUUGGUUUUGGAAGAUGAAAGUGGAAGAGUUAAGCUUGGUGGCACCGUGCUUUCACCUUCAAAAUAUGUUACAGGUGGUGUUGUUGCUUUGCAUGGAAAGGAGACUACUGCUGGUGACUUUUUGGUUCUAGAUGUCUUUGAAGCUGGUUUAGCACCACAAAUAGAGCCCCAACUUAAAUCAAGAGAGGACAAGUAUGUUGUUUUUGUUUCUGGGGUAAGUGUUGGAAGCAGCACAUCAAAUCCUCUCCAAUUUCAACUUCUUGUGGAUCAUAUAACAGGACAUCUGGGAGAUGAUCAGGAACAGGGUAUUGCGGCAGAGAUAGUUCAUGUUGUGUUUGCAGGUAAUUCAGUGGAAAUUCCAUCUGGUCUUCUAAAUGGACAGAAUUUGGCUUCAAAGGAUCAAUCUAGGCUUUCUGAACCAGUUCAAGAGCUGGAUAUUUUGUUGACUCAGAUUGCUGCAGGUGUGUCUGUGGAUAUCAUGCCAGGAUCUAAUGAUCCAGCAAACUUUGCUUUACCUCAACAGCCUUUGAACAGAUGCCUUUUUCCUGGAUCAAGAACUUAUAACACUUUUAAUUUGUGUACUAAUCCUCAUUGUUUUGAGCUUGAUGGUGUCAGGUUUCUUGGAACAUCAGGCCAGAACAUUGAUGAUCUGAAAAAGUAUUCGGAAGCAAGGGAUGAGCUUGAAUUUAUGGAAAGGACAUUAAAGUGGAGGCAUCUGGCACCAACAGCACCUAACACACUCGGUUGUUAUCCUUUCACUGAUAAGGAUCCUUUUUUGAUUGAGAGCUGUCCGCAUGUUUACUUCCUUGGUAACCAAGAUAAAUAUGGAACUCGCAUUUUAAACGGUUCAGAAGGGCAGUUGGUGAGACUUAUUUCCAUUCCUAAAUUCUGUGAUACUGGAAUUGCGGUUGUGCUUAAUCUGAGAAAUCUGGAAUGCCAUACUCUCAGUUUUGGUGCUCAAUUCAGCCCAUAAAAACGUUCUAUGAUGUAUGAUAUCUGUAUUACUGAAGGGACUAGAACUGCUAGGACGUUAUCACUGCCUAAUGCACUGUCUGAAGCCUGCCACCAGUAGAUUAAUUGGACUAUACAUAAUCUCCAUCGGAAGAUGUGUAUCUGCCAGCAGGUUUUCCAACUGCCUAGACGGUAUUUCUUUCUUGCAGGAUGUUUGUAAUUUUGGCGGGCCUUCUUGUGAAUUGUAUGUAGGUCUUGUAUAUUUUGAAAUGUAGUUCAACCUCUCUGAACUUAAAAUUCCAGGACGCAUUGCGGGACCAAAAAGGAAUGGUGUAGGUAUUGUCAUUGUCUAAACUCUUGUUUUUCAGGGCACAAUUGAGCUUCAUGAUUAUAGUUUUAGUUUCAUAAA